ACCCAAUCACCCAAUCCAUCCUGGACGUACGGCCAGAAAGUCGACGCCACUCCUGCCGGAAAAGACUGGCUUGCAGGCGAAUCUGCAGGCUGGAAUGUCUAUAACACAGCAGAAAUGGACAAGGCCAAUAUUAGGAAGCUCUUGAAUUCAGGCAUUGCACCACGCCCCAUGACGAUCGUAUCUACGAUCAGCGAGGAUGGCGUAGAGAACCUGGCAUCGUUCAGUUGGUUCAACACAGUCACGGACUAUCCGCCUGUCAUCUCAUUCGGAAUCAACCGAAACCCUGCGGGCCGCCUAAAAGACACGACCAGGAACUUGAAGAACGGCCAAGGGUUCGCCGUGAACAUCAUCAGCGAGGCGUUUAUCGAAAAUGCCAAUGCGGCUGCCGUAGACGCUCCUCCCGACGUCGACGAGUGGACUCUCAGUGGUUUGACAAAGGAGAAAUGUGUACGCUUGCACAGCCUCACGCGUCAAAGAAAGCGCUUUAGUAUGGAAUGCGAGUUGUACAAAUCGAUAGACAUCACGCAUCCAGUCACAGGCGAGCACACCAGCACGCUCAUCCUCGCGCACGUCAAGUACUUCCACGUGCGCAAAGACAUGCUCACAGGCAGAGGUGCUGUCGACCUCAUAAAGUUCAAGCCUGUCGGACGUGUGGGCGAUAUCUCAUAUGCCCGGGUUGGAGAUACAUAUAGGAUGCCUGUUCCAUUAUGGGCGCAGGAGGAGGGGAAGAUACAGGAAGCAUUGAAGACUCUCGCAUCAACAUGA